UGGGAAAAACAAAUGAAAAAAUUAAGGAGAAACUGGAAUUUUUACGCAAAUCGAAUAUUAUUAUUAAAAUAAUUGUUUUAUAACCACGGUUACCAAAAUUUAGACAGUCUUCGCACACUUUUUCUGAUUUACUGAUUUACUCAAUAACGAGUUCCACUCGACACCUAAUGUACAACAGAGCGGUAUUUACUUGCCCAAAUUAAAAUUAUUUAUAACACGUAUUCCAAUUUUACAAUGAAAAAAGUACUUUCACGGGGACCCGGGAUCGCGUAUAAUCUCCUCUUUUUAAGUUCCUUCAAAUCUGGAGAGUAGUGUAGCAGCACUUUGAAAUCGCAUAUAUUAUGCAGUAGUUACGAAUAGAGUAUAAUCUUAAACGCAUUAAAAUUUCCUAAGAAGUUGUUAAUAACUUUUACCAACCCUGUAAAGUUUUUGGCUGUCUAAUGCAAAAGCGUGCAAGGGUGUGUUUGCGAGCGCUGUAUUCGACGACCGGUGCGGCACACAGCAUGUUCCAAAAAUCAAUAUUAUUGUUUCGGGGGAAUGGGGUGUAGGAACAAAGAAUAAAAUAAUAUAAUACCAUUAUAUUAAAUGCGAGAUGGCGAUGACGGACUGCUCUACUCGAGUUCGCGCAAUCGUUCACGCGGCAGCGGCGGCCGGGCCCGUCGAUCGCUCGAGCUCUACUCGGUCGGUAGUGACCCGAUAGACGAGGGGGGGAGGGGGUACAGAGAGUAGAGACGAGACCGCCGCCGACAAGCUGCAGUCGUAGAACACCGAAAGGAAUUCUGUAAGCUUUUCACUAGCGGCGGGAUCCCGAAGCUCGCGUUUUCGCGCACGCGCCCUCGGCCCGACGACGACGUCUGAUGAUCCGUAGUCGCAGCUCGACAGUUGUUCCACUUUUAUCAUCAUCACAUCAACAUCCAUUAAUUAUACCGUUUAUUCUUCACGCACCGCGGCCCGUAAAAACUACAAACUCGCCAGCGUUAUUGUACGCUAAAAAGUCUGAGUCAAUACGUUCGGUUCGGUAACUAUUGCACCCCCCCACAUACGCAGUAGUCGUUAUCGCCGUCUCGGGUCUGACUCACCGAGCUUACACACCGUUUGCGUGUCUACGCUUGCGCGUGCGUGUACCGGUGCGCGUGCGCGAGUCCGUAUGGCGUACCAAAUGAUAUCGCGUUAUUAGCAUAAUAAUAAUAAUAAUAAUAAUAUAAUCACGAUCAUAAUCAUAAUCAUAACAAUCGUGUGUAUAUUAUUUACAUAAAUUUAACCGCGUUUAACGACAUCUAUACGUCGUCGUCGUUUAGCGAUUUAUACACUUGUCUAGUAUAUUAAUAUUAUAAUAGAGUAGUUACUAGUUACACCGUUUACGCGGAGAGUUGUUAUUAUUACAUUUUAAUACUUUACCGUUCGUUUAACGGUCAAAUCGAAGUUUAGGCGAUUAGGCGACGACGUUCGGCGGUGUGUAACUCACGUAAGCGCGUAUUAUAUUGUACGUCGACGACGAAGACGACGACGCCGCCGCACACGUCGAAGUCAGACGCGUCUCGCUUUUACCGCACUCUCUCCGUCGUUCGCUCGCUCUCGGUCGCCCGGACGUCUUCGUCGACUCUCCCGCACACACACGUCUUACUCUACUUGCCCUGUCACUGUCUCUUUUUUUCUAUUUUAUUUUUUUUCGUUUCGUAUUUUCCGUAUUUUUUUUUUUUUUUUUUAAUCGUUUUUUAGUGGACCGAAAAUGCGUUUGCCUACAGUUGAUCCCGUAGUUCGCCGUGCCGGUACUUGUGCGUUUGGAAAAUGCAACUGAACUUGGGCGGUUCUCGACGGACUGCAAGUUGCGAGUCAAAAAUCAUAAUUCAUAAUAUUAUUUUAGUCUGUCAGCUGUUUUGGCUGUACUUAACAAUAUAUUUUUACGUGAAUUUAUUGUUUUAGUUUUCAUUUAUUUAAUUUGUUUACUGAAAACAAAAAAAACUAGUCAAAAAAUCUUUAAGAAUAAUAAUUAUCAAUAUGAUGCAAAACGGAAUGGAUUCACUACCACAUAAUGGUUCAAUACAUACCUCAAGUACAAAUUCUCAUGCAUCACAAGGAAAUUCUUUGAAUGAAGAAAGUAAAACCAACCUUAUUGUAAAUUACUUACCUCAAACAAUGACUCAAGAAGAAAUUAGAUCAUUAUUUUCUUCAAUUGGUGAAGUUGAAAGCUGUAAGCUUAUUAGAGAUAAAGUCACAGGAUCUCUUCCAUCAGGUCAAAGUUUGGGUUAUGGUUUUGUUAAUUACCACCGACCAGAAGAUGCAGAAAAAGCAAUUAAUACUUUAAAUGGACUUAGACUACAAAAUAAAACUAUUAAGGUAUCCUUUGCAAGACCUAGUAGUGAAGCAAUUAAAGGGGCUAAUUUAUAUGUCAGUGGUCUUCCAAAACAUAUGACACAACAAGACCUUGAAAAUUUAUUUAGUCCAUAUGGUCGGAUUAUAACAUCAAGAAUUUUAUGUGAUAAUAUGACUGAUAUGUUCACAGUUCGACAAUUUGUGGGAAAUACUGGAGGAGAUCAUUCGCCGUGUGUUGGUUUUAUAAGAUUUGAUCAAAGAAUUGAAGCCGAACGAGCAAUUCAAGAAUUAAAUGGAACUGUUCCCAAAGGUUCAACAGAAUCAAUUACUGUGAAGUUUGCCAACAAUCCUAGUAGUAAUAAAGCAGUACCUGCAUUAGCAGCUUAUUUAACUCCUCAAGGAGCUCGAAGAUUUGCUGCUGGCCCUAUUCAUCACCCUACUGGGCGCUUCAGGUAUAUUCCACUCUCCCCUUUAUCCAGCACUGGAAAGACCAUGCUAGCCAUAAACAAAGGCUUACAGAGAUACUCACCAUUAGCGGGUGAUCUGUUAGCAAACUCCAUGUUACCUGGUAAUUCAAUGAAUGGAUCUGGCUGGUGCAUAUUUGUAUAUAACUUGGCGCCAGAAACAGAAGAAAAUGUAUUGUGGCAACUAUUUGGUCCAUUUGGUGCUGUACAAAGUGUAAAAGUUAUUAGAGAUUUACAAACAAACAAAUGCAAAGGAUUUGGAUUUGUCACUAUGACUAAUUAUGAUGAAGCAGUUGUUGCCAUUCAAUCUCUUAAUGGAUAUACGUUAGGCAACCGUGUACUUCAAGUAUCUUUCAAAACCAAUAAAGGCAAAGGAGAUGCAUCCAGUUUGUUAAUGUCUCUUGCUGAUUCAUUAACUGACUGUUAAUAAUUUCAUCAAUCUUCUUCGAAUAUUUUCAAAUGUUUACAUAAUUCAUUCUCCCUUCUAAUACAUCUUUAACUGAAUUGCAAAUUUGCUGAUAUUUAUCAUGUCUAAAGAAGGUGAAAUAACGGCUCGAUGUGAGUAUCGUGGGGUGCAGUGAAAAGCCAAAAAGUAAUAUAUGUAUACACAAUACAAUACAAUACAGUGUUUGUCGAACGUAACAAAAAGUAAUGAAAAAUUGUUUUUUUUUUUUUUGUAUAAUAAGCAUAAAAAACACGCGUUCUUUUAAUUUUUUCAUUCUAUUCUCUUUUCUCUUUCGCCCAAUUUAUUUUCAGGAAGUUGGAGUAUAUAAAUCCACACGCCGCAAGCCCGCAAUUUAUCAUAUAAUAUCCUAUUCAAUAUGAAGUAGUUUUAAUUAAUGUUUAGGAUUUUUCGUUCGCUUCUUUACAGAAUAAUAUCGUGUUGUUAGUAUAGAAAAAGUUGUCGCUUUCGUCUGCACAUUAAAACUGUGCGUACACCAUUCGUCAAGGCAACGACAUUUUUAGUACCUACCAUGGUAUGCCGUGACUGGAAAAGUAGGUAUCGACUGCGAAAUAACUGGUAAUUGAAUAUAUAUAUAUAUUAUAUUCUGUGUAUAAUUGUUUAUAUAUUAUAAUAUAUAGGUAGGUAGGUGGGUAUACCAUGACAGCAAUAAUACAAUAUAGGUUAGCUAGGUAUUAAGUAUACUGUAUAGAUGUUGUGUGCACUUUACUUUGUGCAAAUAGGUAUUAUAAUAUAUUAUAAAUUAUUAUAAUAAUGUGCGAUUGUCUUGUCAAUGGAAUAUUAUAUUCAGUAAAAUCCGUCCUCGUGUAGUGAAGAAAUAAAUGUUACCCAAAAUAUAUUGUAGAAUUAAAAAAAAAAAAAACGUUUUUUUUUUUUGAAUAAGCCAUUCACUGAAUAAUGCAGCUAUCGAUAUACAUAUAAAAUUAAAAUAUAAUAUAUGUACUAAACAUAAUAUCAUCCCCGUGUGGGGGAGUGCGCACACAUACACAUUUUCUAAAUAUGAAUAAAACUCUGUGAUAAUAUUGAAAUAAUUUUUAAUAACAAUGUAUUAUAUAAUGAAGUAACGAUGAUAAUGAUGAUAAUGAUGAUAAUAAUAAAUAAUAAAUAAAUAAACGGUAAUAGCGAUAGCAGAAGAACAAUUCUAAACGCGAUUAUCCGCUGAGCAAAUCGAACGUCGAUUUGCGAAAAAUGUAAAAAUUUAAAUACUUAAUUUGAUAUUAUUAUUAUUAUUAUUAUUAUACGCUUUUAUACAUAAAAAUAUAUAUUAUUAUAUGUAUUAUUUACACGAACAUGUACAUGCAUACAUCUACAUAUUAUUAUUAUAUAAUAUGUAAUAUUAAACUAUCUACUUAUUAUUAUUAUUAUUAUUAUUAUUAUUAUAAAUUAUUAUUAUUAUUAUUAUUAUUAUUAUACGCUUUUAUACAUAAAAAUAUAUAUUAUUAUAUGUAUUAUUUACACGAACAUGUACAUGCAUACAUCUACAUAUUAUUAUUAUAUAUAAUAUGUAAUAUUAAACUAUCUACUUAUUAUUAUUAUUAUUAUUAUUAUUAUUAUAAAUUAUUAUUAUUAUUAUUAUUAUUAUUAUUAUUAUUAUACUUCUUCCGUAGAUACUUUUUCUUUAACAGUAUAAUUAAUUAUAUAUUAUAUAAAAACGUACAACGAACGUACGUAAUAAUAUACUUAUUUUGUACAUAUAUAUAUAUAUUAAUAUAUAUUUGUCGUUUUUAAACGCCAUUUUAUUUACUUCUCUGUUACAUAUUAUAAUAUAAUGUUUAUAGAUGUACCUAUCAUUUUAAGUAAUAUAUUAUAUUAUUUAUUAAUAUACAUAUUAUGUACCCUAAACGUUCAAACUUUACGAAGAAAAAAAAGUGACGUCAUUAUUUAUAACCCCUUCCCGUACCCCGUCUCUUGUCACCGCGUAAGAUCAAAGUCAUAAUAAAAUUUCAAAUGUUUUAUUGUUACAUUUGAUAUUUAUGUAAACGUGUUUUUUUUUUCUUAAAUUGUGUAGUUAACCAAUAUUUAUAUAUUAUUAUUAUUAGAUAAUGCAAUAUUAUUAUUAUUAUUAUUAUUAUUAUUAGAUAUGAUUUGAUUUGAUUUAACUUUUUUUUUACCUAAUUUCUUUGUAACGAGUUAAAAUAUCAUUGCAGUAAUAUGUUUAAUUAUUUUACUGUUGUGUUUAUCUUUACUACCUCACAUACAUCUUUAUAUAUUAUAUACAUAUUAUUACGAUUAUUAUUUUAUACUUUGUUUGAAUAAUAUUCUAUAAAUUAUUUUUUCUCAACAUUUCUGUCGAAUGUAAUCUUAUAAUCUUUUUAUUAAUUAUAUUAAUCAAUAUUAAUUUAUCGCUUUUGUUCAAAUUCAAUUAGUUUUAGUUUCGUUUGUGUUUUAUUAGGCGUCGUUCGCUUUUUCACGUAUAUAAGUGUAUAAUAUUAUGAUAUAUUAUGUUUGUCAUUAUUAUCAUUUACUUAUUUAUUUAUUUUCAACUAAUUUUUUUUUCAAAUAUAAGCGGUUAACAUAAACAAAAAAAAAUGUGUUAUUGUACUUGUCAAGUAUAUAAUUAUUAUUAUAAUAUUUUUAUCAUUAUUUA